AUGGGCUUGCACUGUGUAAGUAAUCAGGGAGUCUUCAUUGAUCGAAAUGAAGUGAAGGUGUUGGAGAUAUAUGGGUAUAGAGGACGUGAUAGAGAGCUCAGACAAGUGACGUGCUUUUUGCGGGAAAUGCGGUUUCUUCAAGUGAUGAAAGUCGAAAUUGAUGCUGAUGAUGAUAACAAGAAACAGCAACUCAUUAAUCACCUUCUUGCUCUGCCCAUACGUUCAUCUAAGUUCCAAAUCCAGUUCUUUUCAACAUUCAAUUGGUUUAUAUGGUCUUAUGAAACUGAUGUUUGCAUUGUUCACAAAUGUUUAGAAGAAUCAGUUGGUUGA